CGCCCCCUGAACAAAUACCCCUAUGGCUUUGACGUCAAUACACGUCAACCAGAGAACAUGAUGCCUCUUUGCAAGUCAACUCGUGCGCUCUGUAGCUGAUAGAGGCACCUCAAGCUGAAAUAUUAUAGCUCUAUUGUAUUGGAGAACGUGGUGUGACAAGCCCCGGGGAUCAGCAAAUGGCCUGCUUCGUACCGCCGCGCUGACGGAAGAGCGUCGCCACAUUGGCGUUCAAGCUGGCAGCGGCGACUCAGAAAAUCAACUUUGUCUAUUUUUAAUGGACACGCUCCGAGCGGUGGCGGCAGCAGCAGCAGCAGCGGCGGCGGGCUGUUUGUUUUUCUUUCGUCUUUAUCUGUAGCUGCCUAGCAAGUCCUUGUGAGCCCCCCCCCCCCCUCCCUCCGUGUGUCCCCUGCUCGUCUGGCUACCCCCGACUCUUCCACUAACAGUCCCAGUCAAAACAGCAUGGUCAUGGCUGACAGUGUCCAAAAACCGCUGAUCCGAGGUCCGGUCCGAGUGGGCUUCUAUGACAUCGAGCGCACUUUAGGAAAGGGUAAUUUCGCUGUCGUGAAGCUGGCUCGACAUCGCAUAACCAAGACCGAGGUGGCCAUUAAGAUCAUCGACAAGACCCAACUGGAUGCUGUUAACUUGGAGAAGAUCUACAGAGAAGUUCAGAUCAUGAAGAUGCUGGACCACCCCCACAUCAUCAAGCUGUACCAGGUGAUGGAGACGAAGAACAUGCUUUACUUAGUCACGGAGUAUGCCAAGAAUGGGGAGAUAUUCGACUACCUGGCGAAGCACGGGCGUCUCAGUGAGCUAGAAGCCAGGAGGAAGUUCUGGCAGAUCCUUUCAGCAGUGGAGUAUUGUCACAACCGCAACAUCGUCCACAGAGACCUGAAGGCGGAGAAUCUGCUGCUGGAUGGCCACAUGAACAUCAAGAUAGCAGAUUUUGGAUUCGGGAACUUCUUCCAGCCUGGGGAGCCUCUGGCAACGUGGUGCGGCAGCCCGCCUUAUGCUGCUCCAGAAGUCUUUGAGGGCCAACAGUAUGAGGGCCCGCAGCUAGACAUCUGGAGUAUGGGGGUGGUGCUAUAUGUUCUGGUGUGCGGUGCGUUGCCCUUCGAUGGGCCCACUCUUCCCGUGCUUCGACAGAGAGUCCUAGAAGGAAGGUUUCGCAUCCCCUACUUCAUGACUGAAGACUGUGAGCACCUGAUCCGCAGGAUGUUGGUCCUGGACCCAUCAAAGCGUCUGUCUGUGGCCCAGAUCAAGGAGCACAAGUGGAUGGCUCUGUAUGUUCCUGUACAGAGGCCUGUUCUGUACCAACAGCCUCCGCCUGCUGAGGGCGAAGUGGGUGUGGGAGAGUACAGCGAACAAGUCCUUCGCCUGAUGCACAGCCUUGGCAUCGAUCAGCACAAGACUAUAGAGUCUCUGCAGAACAAAAGCUACAACCACUUUGCUGCUAUCUACUACCUGCUGGUGGAGCGGCUGAAGGCACAUCGCUGCAGCUUCCCUGUCGAACAACGGCUUGACGCUCGCCAGCGACGGCCCAGCACCAUCGCAGAACAGACUGUUGUCAAGUCGACCAGCGGUUCAGCCCAGGUGGGUUUGCUCCCGCAGGGCAUUCGUCUGCUGCGCUCCCCUGCUGUGCCCCAAGCCUCCUCUGAUGCUUUCACCUUCCCUCAGACUGCAUGUCCCCUGGAGCAGAAUUUCAUGGUGGAGGAUGUCAACACACCCAAAGUGAACGGCUGUCUGCUGGACCCCUUGCCUCCCCCCACUGUCCUCCGCAAGUCCUCCACCUCAUCGCCUAGCAACAUGAUGGAGACGUCAAUCGAUGAGGGCAUCGAGACAGAGGAGCCCGACUCAGAGGAUGAUCCGCCCCACCUGCUCUCGGCCUAUCAGACAGCUCGAUUUGGCCAGCGGCGACACACCCUCUCCGAGGUGACCAACCAGCCUGGGCCUUCGAACCAAGGUAAAUUGUUCACUCUAGGCCACAACCCCUCCAUGGGUAGCAUGGACUCGGACAUCGGCUACGACAUGGGCUCCAUGCACAGUGAUCUCGGUCUGCUGGAGGAUCCCCCCUCUCUCAGUGAAGUGGUACCUCCCAACAGCUCUGCCCCCAGCGUCACGCCUACGCCUUUCCUGAGUGCUCGGCCUGCCAACCCAGCAAUGGCAGCCCUGACUUCUCAGCAUAGGGAGGCGCACAACCGCUCCCCCAUCAGCUUCAGAGAAGGACGCCGUGCCUCAGACACCUCCCUCACUCAAGGUCUGGUUGCGUUUCGGCAGCACCUCCAGAACUUGGCGAGGACCAAAGGCAUCCUGGAGCUCAACAAAGUCCAGCUGCUGGUGGAGCAGAUGGGCUCCGGGGAAGGGGCCGCCAUGGGACCCCUGGGACCACAGCACCACUUGCACAACCUCCUGGAGGGUGAGGCGUCCAAGCAGCAGGAGGGCCUAGCUUUAUACCAAGGUGGGCCACAGCCGCCUCUCCUGUCCCGCAGACAGAGUUUGGAGACACAAUACCUCACUCACAGACUACAGGCCAACGUCUUGGCUAACAGUCCUGCUAGCUGCCAACUUUUCUGUAAGGAGACUCCUCGAAGUUUAGAGCAACAGCUGCAGGAACACAGCAGGCUCUACUGCUCUCCCCACAGACUGAAUCAGAAGAGGAUGUACCUGCAGCAGUCACAGGGCAUGGGGCUGCAGGCCUACUUCAACCAGAUGCAGAUAGAUGAAGGAUCUUACCCAACAGGCAGCCCUGCUCUGGACCCGGCAGCGUCUCAAAGUUCCCCUCAGGGCCCCCCCAUGUCAGCCGCCCAUCAGCCCCAGCAGCAGGGCAGUCCUCAGGCCUCGCCCCCCUUCAGCCAUCCACACAGCCUGAGCCCCUUGAUGGAACCGGGCGAGGGCCUGCUUUAUGAUCCUUACAUGAGCCACCACCACUACACCCAGCACCUGACCCCUCGAUCUCACCUCCACCACCAGCUCCACCAUCCCCAGCCGCAUGAAGCCUCUGCCAGCAGCCUGGGCUUCAGCUACCCUGCAGGAUGUGACCAGCAGGUCCUGGGGCCUUCAACUGAGGCUCUUCACUUAGAGCAGUAUGAGUUCCCGCUGGACCCCUCUUCGCUGCCCCCGCCUGCACCAGGAGAGGCUGAGGCUGGAGCCAUGGCCGGGAUUUUGGCCGGUCCAGGGCAGUCAGACAGCCUGGUCCUGCCUGAGCUGCAGAGCUCCCUCCUGGACAGUGAGAUGAUGGAGACUGUGGACUCCCAGCAUGGUUUCGUACUGGUCAACUAGCUGAGGGGGUUAAUAGAAAGCAGUAUUAAGCAAUGAGAACCCACACAGCACUAAGAGCAGAGAGAAUGGAGAUCUAAGUGGAGGCCACAAGCGUAGCAACAGGGAAGGAGAAGUGUUAAUUUUUGUAUGACUAAUACAAACUUCAUUUCUUAGUUGUGAUGAACCUCAGACAACCUUUCUACCAAAAUCCUCCCUUAGCCUACCUCCCUUUCUCCCUGUCCUUCUUUGUUCUCGUUCUCAUCAGCUCUGUGAGGCAGGAACAGGUCCGAUGUGCGGCACAAUGUGAGCUUUCGCCGUGCUGACAUGGCGAGGCUGCCGGUGUCAUGGACGUUGUGCCACCUAUGAGGAUUGCUUCGUGCAGUCCGGGGGGAUGCUACACAUCCUGGAGUGCAGCAUUUCACCUAGAAAUGAUUGGGGAGUGAACUAAUUUAGGACUGACAGGCAACCAAAAGGACAAUGGCUGGCAGUGCUUUUUGUAUUUAAAAUAGGACACCAUUGACAACAAUAGACUGGUUGCACUUUUGUGCAUUUUUUUCAAUUUCAGUAUAUAAAAAACAACUGAACAAGAGAAAAUAGCCCUCAUUUAUCAUGGUAUCAUGGAUAUCACUGCAUAUUCAAGUGUUAAAGGUGUUUUUGUCCACUUUUUAGAAAUUAUUUUACACACUAAUGUGACCGUAAAGGCUAACAUAAUGAUCCUCUUCAUUAGUGCAUAGGUUUCAACACUACCAUAUACAUAUACCGUAUUCCUACAAAAAACAACAGGUAACCUUUGUUUGUCAUUUGCCUAAACAAAUACUCUAAGCAUGCAGAUUCAAGCACCAGUGCAUUUAACAGCACUAAACUCUCUCCAAGCUAUUUUUUAUAGUUAAUUGCGUAAUGAAAAUAGAUGUAACACAAUUCUGUAGCUGCGGUCUUUAGUAUAGGCUAUGUGACAUAAAUAAGUUUCUUUGUUUUCUUUGUAUUUUAUUUUGAAACUUGUAACUACUGAUACUGAUUUAUUUCUUACACUACUGAACUGCUUUUCCACCUUUCCAUCCGAUUGCACACACUUGCCAGGUUUCAUUAUACUCAGUAAGAUUUGGAUAACUACACGUUUUUGCAGGCGAAAUGGCCACUUGUCUAUUUAACAGUUGAAUUGUGGGUCAUGUGUUUGCCUGAUAAAUGAGGGCUGAUGUAAUAAAUGUGUUUGGUUGAGAAGUAGCAGUGUUAGACAGUCAAUAUUAUUCUAUUUUUGUGGCAAUACUGAAGCAAUAUUAAUUCUUAAUGUCGAGGGAUUAUGAACGGAAGCCUCACCUGUACAGCCAACUCUGAUUGGUUCCCGGGGACCUCUUGAGUCGUCAGCAGUGAUGUCACUUGAGCUGAUGAUGUAACCAGGAGAUAAUCUUUCACUCGCUCAUCCUGGAAGUGCAGGGACAAGCCUGGAGACAGCUGUAUGUAUACAUGUGUGUGUUUUUGUGAGUAUGUUUGAGUGUGAUGAUGUUUGUUUGCACAAUUCUUACUUCAAAUUUUCUGCAUCCAUAACAACAUUUGUCGUCAUUACUGAGAAAGACGAAAACUGUAUUGACGUCGCCAUUCGAAAAUAACACAAACUGUGCUUUUUUCCUCAGUGCACAGUUGUAGCUUUUAGGUUAAUUCUGGUUUACAUCCUCAAUGCUCCACUCAUGAGUCUGUGUUGUUUUAAUGAUGAAUCUUGUUUAUAAUAAUGAAAUGACCCCUUAAAGAUUCACUGCAUUAGAUUUUAUAAAAGAAUGUUUCCUCUCUGAUGUUGGGGCUGCUGCUGACACUGGAUUUUGACUACAGGCUCACCACCGCUCUUUGACUGACAGCAAGCCAGCAACGAGAUGAGAGAUUUUCUUUAUUUCUUUAUUUUUUACAGCACUUAGACUGUGUUCAAUCUACUUGAAGCACAUAGAUGUAUUUUAUCUGACAGAUGAUGAUGAUUUAAAAAAAAAAAAAAAAAAACUACUUUCCAUUAGAAUAACAAGACGGCGAACAUCAGAGGGCUAAGAGAUUAUUGGACUGUAACCGUCUGCCAGACUGCGUGACUUUGGUGGUCAUGGGUUAAACUGCGGGAGUGUUUGCAUUCAGAUUGGCCUUCAGACAAGACUCUGUAAACUGGACAAUCAGACUCUAGAGUACAGAGGUGGAUUGACUAGCCGUCUUUAUAACUGCAGUUAAACAGUCUUACAUGAUGGCUAGAAAAUGUGGACCAACUGUGGUUGCAGUCCUGUGCAAAAACUUAAAGGAAAAUCCACCCUAAAAUGCUUUUAACACUGUUUCACAACAAUUAGUUGUUUGGUCUAUAAAAUAGUAAAACAUGCCCAUCACAAUUUCAGUGGGCACAGGUUGACAUAUUCAGAGAGCUUGUUUUGUCUGACCAACAGUCCAAAACACAAACAUAUUUAUUUUUUCCCAUAAACAAAUAUGAAAAUUUCUGUCCAUGCCACUUUCACAUUUUAAAAAAACAAAACAAGGAAAACAAGUUUUAAUGGCAGUUGCUCUAUGAGCAAUUGGUAAGUCACCGUUUUGUUCUGACAUUUAACAGUCUAACAGCAGCGAUAUUAGUAACUUCAACAACAAUGGCCUCAAUAUACCAGAGUACACUGCAGCCACAAGAUGUUGCAAAACUGGUCUUGUGGCUGCAUUAAUAGUUCCACCCUAAGAUUUACAAACUAGUUGGUUAGCUGGAUAUGUUUAUAUGGUCAUACACCCACAUUUUAUUGACAGGAAUAAGCUCACACCCAGUUUGUGGGCCUUGUUGAAAAUGUCCUUUUAUAAAGAGAAGGGACUUGAGUACAAGAGUUACUCUUAAUUAACCUGAAUUCUGGAGUUUAAAUAACAUUAAAUUGUCAAUACAGGGUGGUCAUAAAGAGUAUGAAAGGGUGGAUUUCGCCUUUAAGCGAACAUUUUGAUGAUUGUGUUCUUUCAUUUUGUCAAUGGUCAGGCUAGGACAGCUACAGGAUGAUCUGUGGAAUAUGAAUACUGGAGCACUUUGACAACAAGGGGGAGACGAGAGGUAGCGAGAGAGGAGGUUGUGAUUGUGGAAAAGGUUUGCAUUGCUCUGCUGUUUCUUGGCAGAUGAAACAAACCGCAAUCUGUAGGAAACACAUUUUCUCCUCUCUAUUCCCCAACAAUAAUGGACACAAAACAUUUUUUUCAAAGAAAGACCAGACACAGUAACACUUUAUCUGACUGUUGAUUUUAAUCCAAGAAAGAAUAACACUUCUCCGUUUCCGAUGAGUGUUAUUAGAGGUAGUGAAUCUUCAGUGUGUGCCCAAAUUUUCACCGAGGUGAAUUUUGUAUUGAACGUGAAAAAGUGUUCAGUGUGCCUUUUACUUUUGUCAGUCUAAAUUAAGAUUUAGAAUAGCUCCAUUAUUCCUGGUUUGACCCUUUUAUCAUUUAUUUUAUUAUGAUUACUUGUUGUUUUUUUUUCUUCUUCCGAAAGUAAAUAGAGCCAGGUUUUACAAAGGUACAAAACCAAAGUCCCUCAGAAGUUUCCCUGUACGACCCACCGUGUGGAGUUUUGGAGCUUCUUUGUUAGCUUCUCUACAGUGCUUUUCUCUUGUUGGUCAAUCAGUGUAUGCCAUUUAAAAGUAUUAUAGCAAUAUUUCUCUAGUUGAAGACUAAAGUCAUGAAGAUUCUAGUAGACGUGUUUCCAAGUAUCAUAAUUUCACCUCCUGCUGAUAAAACAAAAACAUCAAUCUAUUAAUAGAAAUCCAGUUUUAUAUUUACCUUCAUUGAUGUUGACCACACAUAAGCUAACUUGCUGUUGAGAUUAAAAAAAGAUUUAUUGAACAUAAAA